AUGCACCACAACACCGAAGCCAUGAACGCCGUGCGCCAACGAGAGCGCGGUUGGAAGGCCAGCCCAAAUGUGUCGUCGAAGCGCGUGCUUCUCGCGGGCGACGAACGCGAUCGUCGGGCCGCCUACCGGGCCAUGAAGAAGGUCGAGGCGCGCCGUCUAGCAGAGCGGCAGCCCAUUCGCCGACCUCGACUCGUACUGUAG